AGGGUUGGUAAAUCUGGUUGGGAGAAUCGUUACUGUGUUCUUGAAGGAACAUGGCUGACGUUGUAUAUGGAUGACCGUGAUGAGAAUCCAGUGGAUAGUUUUGACCUGAACCCAAUAGAUGCUGAUGUUGGUGUCCACAGUGCUGUAACAUCUGCAGAACUCAGCAAUACAGCUUCCUCAGAUCUCCAUUAUGUACUUAGAAUAGAUCAAGAUCCGCUAACAACAUGCUGGCCAGGGAGGUAGGAGAUAUGUGUACACUUCUUUAUCAAUCUUUACUUCUUGAUGUCUUUACCAAUCUUUACCUAUUGACUUCUUUACCCAUCUUAACUUAUUGACUUCUUUACCCGUGCUUACUAAUUGACUUCUUUACCCGUCUUUCCUUAUUGACUUUUUUACCAAUCUUUACCUAUUGUUAUUUUUACCCAUCUUUAAUUACAUCUUUACAUAUUGACUUCUUUACCCAGCUUUACGUAUUGAAUUUUUAACCCAUUUUUACUUAUUGACUUCUUUACCCAUCUUUACAUAUUGACUUCUUUACCCAUCUUUACAUAUUGCCUGAUUUACCAAUCUUUACAUAUUUACUUCUUUACCAUUCUUUACUUGACUUCUUUACCAUUCUUUACUUGACUUCUUUACUUAUUGGUGUCUUUACCCAUCUUGACUUCUUUACCUAUAUUUACUUAUCAUGUCUUUACCCUUUUUCACUUGACUUCUUUACCCAUCUUUACUUAUUGCCCCCUAUGCCCAUCUUGACAUAUUAACUUCAUAACUUAUCUGUACUUGAAUUAUUUACUCAUCUUUACUUAUUGACACUUGAGUUUUAUUUAGAAGCUUUGCUUUUUCAUAGACUUUUAAAAUAGAAAAAGUAUUUUUUUUUUUAAAUUGAAAUUAUUUUCAUCUAUCAGAUACCUGUAUCUCAUGACAACCAACUUCCAAGAAAAACAAAGAUGGGUGGCAUCUUUAGAAGCUGUAGUGAAGAGUGCACAGUGCAAAAGUGACCUGUACCGUAAUGUAAGCAUCUGAAAAUUUUAAUGUUUGCUUUGACUUUUUUUAUUUUCCUAUACAUUAAUUUGUUUAAAAUACAUAAAGUUAUCUCUAGGUAUGAUUUUUAUUCUGCAACACUGCAACUUAAAUUUUCACAGGAAUUUAAAAAAAGAAAAUCUUAUAUGUAUAGAUGUUUAUUAAUUUAUGUUUUAGAAUAUUAAAAAGAGUUUUGAAAAAAUAUUGCAGAGGUCACAGACUAUAACUGUCAUGUCCCUUAAAGAUGAUGAACGCAGAGACUUCAAUUGUACUUUAGUCAUAUCUAGUCAGGUGAGCCCACCAAAUUCAAUCAAACUUAUUCAUAUUUAGACAGGUGAAACCUAUAGUAUCGACUGGGAACUACUAAUUAAUAAGAAAAUUAAGCGUGAUUCACUAAGAAAUAAUCUUGAGAGAUAUCCUUGUAUUUAAAGCAAUGCACCCUGCAGCUCUUACACUAAAUUGGUAUGAAAUUUCUCUAUAUUCUCUCAGCUGGUGCUAGUUGGAACUGACGAUGGUCUGUAUGCAUUCAACCCCCAAGCUCUCACAUCUAAACGUAAACAGAUGACGCAGUUGACUGGCUUUGGUAGUGUCCAUCAAAUGGCUUUAGCUAAAGGUGUUGAUUUGAUCCUUGUGCUCACAGGUAAAAAGUGUAAACACGAUACAGCAACAUUUUCAACAUUUGUCACUUUGACUUCUCUUUGAUUAUCUCAUUCCUAUUCAAACCUUGUUAUUAUUGUUGCGAUUAUGUUUGAGAAAAACAGAAUGGAAUGCUUUGCUUCAACAGUAUAAACCAUUACAUUACAUAAUGUUUUGCAUAAAAAAAUUCUAUUACUUAUCCUUCAAAUGUAUGGAUUGUUACAUUAAAAGAAAUACUUAAGAAAAAAACCUUGUUGUUAUCAUCCUCUAAUUGAGUUCAUCUUAGCAAAACCUCUUUUUGUCAGAUUAGACUUCUAGUCUGUCUUUUGUAAUUAUCAGGAUUAAAAAAAAGAAAGAAUACUUACAUUUUUUGUAACCUUUCAUUACAUUUUGGAUUUAGAGAAACAGUCUCUUUAUUAGCAUCACCCAAAAAAAUUGACUGAUUUGUUCCCAGGCCCUGAACGUAGACUUGUGAUGCUUGAGAAUAAACUUGUCAAGUGUCGCAUGAGUCAGACCUUGGGUGGGGAGACCACUCCGUUCUCCUUUAAGACUAUAGAUGGCUUGCAGUGCUGUACCAUCUUUGAUGUGGGCUUGUGGAACAAUGCCAGCUACUUGUGUGUGGGGACACCAACCAAGGUCUAUCUCAUGAAGUACAAUCCCAGCCUGGCCAUGUAUUGUGUCAGAAAGGUAAGUUGAAAGACUCAGUUUGAGAUACAUCUUGUUUAUGUGUUGGGAAAAUAAGUCUAGUCAGGUCACUCAUUUUCACACAUUAAAAAAAAUGUGUUUUGGGAUAUCUUUAAAAAAUGCAAGUAAAAAAUAGAUAAUAAGAUUUGCCAUCAAUUUAUGCAACUUUUCAAGAUAUUAUCAUCUCAAACUGUUUGACAUUGUAAAGCUCCGACUUUACUUUCAGGAGUUCCCAAGCUCUGAGCCUUGCAGCUGUGUAUGUAUUGCUGAGAAUUAUGCCAUUGUUGGAACAGAACGAUUCUACAAGAUAAAUAUUGAGCAUCCCAGCUUACUUGGUAAAUUAUUUCUUUGGUCCCCACCACAUUAAUGUUUAUGAUCAAAUAAGAUUAACACCACAUGAUCUCAAUUUGUUGAGCUGUUUUGAAUGUUACUCGAUUUUUCUUCAUAUAUUGAACUAAGUGUACCACAUUUCUGAAAGAAUCAUUAUGCUAAUGAAUUUUGGUACUUGCAAAGAGUUGAAUAUUAAAAACUUCUUACUUCUAAAUAUUUUGAUAAUUGAGAAAUCAUUCCAUUCUUGUGUAGAAUAGUUUUACCUGUGUCAUUUUUGUGUGUUAUGAUCAUGCAAGGUAUUCCUUCAUUUCUGCUCCCUUACUGAAUAUUUUGUUAAUUUUUUUUCAUCACUAAUGUUGUUUGCAGAUUUUGUUGACCGUCAAGACAGUUCCCUUGCCUUUGCUGCGUUUGGUGCUGCCAAUCACCACAGUUUUCCCCUGGCCGUGGUUCGUGUGUCGCCUGAAAAUCUGCCACUAGAAUUUUUGCUGUGUUUCCAUGGUAUUUGGUGAUGAAAUAUUUCAUUAACCUAUUCAACCCUGUAACGGCCAAAUCCGGCCAGUACCGAUUCAAUCAUACUACAGCCAAAUCCGGCCACUCAACCGUUUGUUUACAUGUUGCUAAAUAGAAAGCAGAAAUCUCACUAUUUAAACUUAAAUCUCUCUAGAAACGAGACCAAGGGAGAUUACUCUCUUUUAAAAAUAUUUUCAAUUAUUGGGUGAGGAGUAUUCAUUAUUUUAAAAGUAGAUUUUUUAUUUUAGUGUUAUGAUCAUUAGUAUUCAAAUACUAUGUAGGAAAUUGACUUUUAUCAAUUUACACAAGAAAAGCAUUAGGAAAUAAUGUUACACAACACAUAAAGAAACCAUUUAUGAAUGCAGAUUAAUUUAUUUCAGAUGAUUAUACUGUUAAAUAGAUUUGUUUUAUUAUUUUUCAAAACAUUUUUAUAUUAACGGUGGAGUUGCUCCCCUUUGGCUGGGUUUUUCCAAUGAUAAAAUUUCUAAGCGCCCAGGAUUGAAUGGGUUAAAGCUAAUCGCAGGAUUAGAAAUUAAAAAAAUUCCCAUAUUCUAAUGGUGUCUAACAUUGAGUGUAUUUAAUAUUUUUUAACUCAUUUUAUUGCAAAAUUGUCAAAUAAUAUCAAAUGCAUGUAAAUAAAGAAUGUGUUGUGAAUUUAAGUUUAUGUCAUUAGUGAUUAACAUCUUUUUUUGUGUGCAGAAUUUGGUGUAUUUGUUGAUCAUCAUGGGCAAAGAAGCAGAGCAACAGAUGUCAAAUGGAGUGGACUCCCCUUAACUUUUGGUAAAUUCUUUUGUAUAUAACAUAUUUAUAUCACAAAAUAUUUUCUAUUCCUAAGACUUUUUUAUUUUAAAAAACUAUUUAAAACCUUUGAAAAGAAGGCUGAAUUCCCAGCUGAGGUUUUAUUAAUUUUGACCUUAUUUAAUUCAAAACAUCUUGUUUUGCAGCCUUUGUUGAACCAUUCUUGUAUGUGAUUUACACCAACACAAUCCAUGCAACUGUUGUACCCACAGAUAGAACACAAGCCAAGUAA